GUUAAGUUUGAGGUUUGACUGUAAGUGAAGGCAAAGAGAGAGUCUGUAAUCGCAACACAUUUACUGCCAUUUUAUCAUUGAAUUGAUUUGAAGUGACUUUCAGUGCUUUUUGUCACUAAACUGAAGACAAAUAUGAUUUCAAUGAAGAUAUCUCGGCGUCCGUUGAAUGCAUUGGUCGUGAAGAGACUCCUCAGCGGCCAGACGUCACCCAAACGGUCAGAAACGGAAGCGUUGAGAGCACCCACUCUGAAGACAACAUCACUUCCCAGCGGUUUGAUCGUCACUUCGCUCGACAAUCGCAGUCCCAUCACAAGAAUCGGGGUUAUUGUGAGAGCCGGUGCCCGCUAUGAGCCACAGGACCAGUUGGGACUCAGCCAUACGCUCAGAUCGAUGGCCGGCUUCUCCACCAAAGACUCGACGGUCUUCGGCAUCACUCGAAACAUUGAAUACGUCGGCGGAAGUCUCACAGCUCUCACCACAAGAGAUGAUGUAAUCUAUGUGUUGGAAAACGACGGCAAUUAUACGGAUCGCAAUCUGAAGUAUUUGUCGGACACUGUUCUGCAGCCGGCGUUCAAACACUGGCAGAUCAAAGACAAUCUGUACCGACAAAAGGCCGACUUGUCUUACUAUAGAGAUAGUCCGCAAUUAGUACUGAUAGAGGCCUUACAUUCGGCCGCAUUUCGUGGCGGACUUCGCAACUCUAUCUAUUCGCCGGACUUUAUGAUCGGAAAGCACUCAACGGAUCAAUUGGCUGAUUAUGUCGACCGACACUUUGUGUCCAAUCGUACGGCUAUUGUGGGCGUAGGUAUUGAACACAACCAACUCUUAGAACGUGUGGACAAAUGGUUCUCAACGAUGUCUCGCGGAGAUCGGGGUAAUAGCGGACAAUCAAAGUUUGUCGGCGGAGAGGCCAGAGUUGACACCAAUUCUGAUACCACUUAUGUUGCGGUCGCUGCCGAAGGAGUCGGAUCUAAGAACCAGAAGGAUGUGCUCUCCCUGUCGUUACUGCAGACCAUUCUGGGAACGGGUCCUCGCGUUGAGUUUAGUGAUGGAAGUCAUACCAAAUUGGGUGAAGCGGUCGCCAAAACAACUUCAGAACCAUUCGCUGUCUCCGCUUUUAAUAUCAAUUAUACCGAUACCGGACUCUUUGGCAUUACUGUCGCCGCUUCGGCACAGGAUAUUCACAAAGCAGUGAAGGCAGCCGUCACUCAACUCAGAGCUUCGGCUAAAAGUAUUUCCGAAGAGGAGCUUAAAAAUGCAAAGCACAGCUUAAAGGCGACCACUCUAUUGGCGGCCGAAGACCAGAAUGUUUUGGUUGAGGAGUUGGCCACUCAGUCACUGAAUGCGGGACAAGUGGUCUCACUUACUGACUACGAGAAGGCGGUCGACUCGAUCACCGUUCAGGACAUCACUGGUUUGGCCAAUAAGAUCGUCAAAUCUAAGGGCGCGAUGGCUUGUGUGGGCAAAUUGCAAAACGCCCCCUAUUUGGAAGAUUUGCUUUAAUCUUUUUAAUUUGCCGUAAAUUGUUAUUAUUAUUAUAGAAUUAGUUGUAAAUAAUUAAAAUUAUUUGAAUUUUAAAAUUAAAGAAAUGUCAUAGAA